UUCUUAUCCACAAGACAAGAAAUAAGAUUGAAGUCUCAACUGUUACACAACAAAACAGAACCAAAAAAAUGGCUACAAUCUUUUCUGGAGGUUCAGUUUCACUCUUCCCUUUUCACACAAACAAGGGUACAUCAUCUUUUGCAACCAAAGCUCCAACUCUUCAUCUGAAGAAACCUUUCUCUGUCAAAUCAGUAGCUUCUCUUGGAACUGAAGCAUCAGUGUCUCCAGCAGUUCAAACCUUCUGGAAGUGGCUUCAAGAAGAAGGUGUUAUCACUGCCAAGACACCAGUGAAAGCUAGUGUGGUACCAGAAGGUUUAGGAUUGGUUGCACUCAAAGAUAUUUCUAGGAAUGAUGUUAUUUUGCAGGUACCUAAGAGGUUGUGGAUAAAUCCUGAUGCAGUUGCAUCUUCAGAGAUAGGGAGGGUGUGUAGUAAGUUGACGCCAUGGUUGUCUGUUAUGCUGUUUCUUAUAAGAGAAAGGUCAAGAGAGGAUUCUGUUUGGAAGCAUUACUUUGGUAUUCUGCCACAGGAAACUGAUUCUACUAUAUAUUGGUCAGAGGAAGAGCUCCAAGAACUUCAAGGUACUCAACUUCUGAACACAACACUGUCUGUGAAAGAAUAUGUGAAGAAUGAAUGUCUGAAACUGGAAAAAGAAAUCAUUCUCCCUAAUAAGAAGCUUUUUCCUUCUCCUGUGACGCUGGAUGACUUCUUCUGGGCAUUUGGAAUUCUCAGAUCAAGGGCAUUUUCUCGCCUUCGCAAUGAAAAUCUAGUUGUGAUUCCACUGGCAGACUUGAUUAACCACAGUGCCAGAGUGACUACAGAUGAUCAUGCUUAUGAAGUCAAAGGACCAGCUGGUCUUUUCUCUUGGGAUUACCUAUUUUCCCUAAGGAGCCCCCUUUCUGUCAAGGCAGGAGAACAGGUGUAUAUCCAAUAUGAUUUAAACAAAAGCAAUGCAGAGUUGGCUCUGGACUACGGUUUCAUUGAACCAAAUGCAGAUCGAUAUGCAUACACCUUGACACUGGGGAUAUCCGAGUCAGACCCUUUUUUUGACGACAAAGUAGACGUUGCUGAGUCCAAUGGUUUUUCUCAGACAGCAUACUUUGACAUCUUCUAUAACCGCCCUCUUCCAGAAGGGAUGCUUCCAUAUCUGAGACUAGUAGCGCUAGGGGGUACCGAUGCUUUCUUAUUGGAAUCACUAUUUAGAGACUCCAUCUGGGGUCAUCUUGAGGUUCCCAUGAGCCGUGAUAAUGAGGAGCUAGUAUGCAAAGCAGUUCGAGAUGCCUGCAAAUCCGCCCUUGCUGGUUAUCAUACAACCAUUGAACAGGAUCGCAAACUGAAAGAAGCAAAUCUAGAAUCAAGGCUUGCAAUAGCAGUCGGAAUAAGAGAAGGGGAAAAAUUGAUCCUGCAGCAAAUUGAUGAGAUCUUCGAGCAGAAAGAAUUGGAACUAGACCAGUUGGAAUACUAUCAAGAAAGGAGGCUCAAGGAUCUUGGACUUUGCGGUGAAAGUGGUGAUGUCCUUGGAGACCUCGCAAAAUACUUCUAAUCUUGCAGGAAGCAGUUGCACCAGUUAAUGACAUACUGUUGUCUGUAUUUCUUGAGGAUGAAAAUACCGAACACUUGGUAAAUCGCAAAUGUAGCCUUCUACGGUGAACGCAUACGAUGCAUUCAAUCAACCUUUCAAGAGGACCAUGAUCAAGUUUUUGACCCGGCCACAAUUAUUACAGCCCAUUACAUGCCUGCAGCUUGUAAAGUGGAACAUGUAAUGUAUGAAAUAUAAAUUACACUUCUGUACUGAUGAUUAUUUAUAAAGCAGUUGACUGCCGUGAUUACAUAGAGAAUGAACUUUAGAA